CUCUGCCUCGUCCCUUCUUUUCCCCCUUUCCCUGCCUUGCCUCUGCAUUGGAGGGUCCUCGCAUCUUGCUCUCCCUCCCUUCCCUCCCUCCCUGGUGCCUCUUGGGUUGGAAUACAUAGUGAUGUGUUAACUACAGGAUGCCCAGCAGCACUGGAAAGAGGUUUAAACCUACUAAAUACAUCCCUGUCUCCACAGCAGCUGCCUUAUUAGUGGGUUCGACUACUUUAUUUUUUGUUUUCACGUGCCCCUGGUUAACAAGAGCCAUCUCCCCAGCCAUCCCUGUGUACAAUGGGCUCGUGUUCUUGUUCGUACUUGCAAACUUCAGCAUGGCGACUUUCAUGGACCCUGGAGUUUUUCCACGAGCAGAUGAAGAUGAGGAUAAAGAUGAUGACUUCCGAGCUCCACUCUACAAGAAUGUGGAGAUUAAAGGAAUCCAAGUACGGAUGAAAUGGUGUGCCACCUGCCAUUUCUAUCGCCCGCCCCGCUGCUCCCAUUGCAGCGUCUGUGACAACUGUGUUGAGGACUUUGACCAUCACUGCCCAUGGGUCAACAAUUGCAUAGGACGGAGGAACUACCGAUAUUUUUUCCUCUUCUUGCUGUCCUUAAGCACACACAUGGUCGGAGUGUUCAGCUUUGGGCUGAUCUAUAUUUUAAACCAUAUGGAAAAGCUGGGGGCAGCUCACACCACCAUUACCAUGGCUGUCAUGUGUGUGACUGGAUUGUUCUUUAUCCCAGUCAUUGGUCUCACAGGUUUCCAUAUUGUUCUAGUGGCACGAGGGCGUACAACCAAUGAGCAGGUGACGGGUAAGUUCCGUGGGGGGGUGAAUCCUUUCACUCGAGGAUGCUGUGGUAACGUGGAACAUGUGCUCUGCAGCCCUCUGGCUCCCAGGUACAUUGUUGAGCCAAAGAAAAAGCAGGCUGUGAGUGUGAAGCCUCCUUUCUUCAGACCAGAUCUAUCCGAGCGACAGAUCACAGUGAAGAUAAGUGACAAUGGGAUCCAAGCCAAUCUUAACCGAAGCAAGUCUAAAGUUAGCCUGGAAGGUCUGGAGGAUAAAACCAUGGACAUUCAGCCACCUCUGCCUCCCAAAGGAGAUCCAAGCAAGUACUCUGAACUAAAGGGGCAGCUGGGAACCAGUGAAGAGAGUGGUCUUUCACCUAAAUUGAUCAGUCCUCCCACUCCUGCCAUGUAUAAGUAUCGACCAGCUUUCAGCAACAAUCCCAAAGUCCACUACCACGCUGCGGCUGAGCAGAUCACCAUGCAGGAGGGACACAAGCAAGGAGUUUUGAUUGAAGAGAACAACCGGAGUCUUGAUUAUCAAUCAGAGCCCAACCUGGACAUCCCGAACUACAGGAAGAGCUCACUUCACAAGACUUAUCAGUCCUCCCCACUCCAGAUAGACUCCUUUGCCGUCAAUUCGCGAUCCCUGAGCUUGAAGUCUGCCAGCAGGAGAGGGACAGACAAAGUGCCGCUGCAUCCAAUAAAAUCAGAAGGAGCUGCUUCUACCCCCUACAAAAGCAUCUUUUCCCCCAACUCCCUAUCAAACAGAAAUGGAAGUCUGUCUUAUGACAGUUUGCUAAACUCCAUGUCCCCCUCCGGGAGGAAAUGCAUAGCCCAUUCUGCUGUUGGCUCCGUGGGGUACCAUUCACCAUAUUUGUCAGCCAAAAUGUGCCACCUACGGGGGAGCGAGCUGCAGCGCCAGGCUCCACAGAGUUUCAGCCCGGUGCUGGGGGGCCCAGCACCGCACCAGCGGGACCCCUCUCCCGUCCGUUACGACAACCUUUCAAAAACCAUCAUGGCAUCCAUCCAGGAGAGGAAAGAAAUGGAAGAGAGGGAGAAGCUCCUCCUCUCACACCCGGAUUCGGUGUUUGCAGACUCAGGAGUGUAUGACACCCCUAGCUCUUACAGCCUUCAACAAGUCAGCGCGCUGUCUGAAGACCCUCGCAGCAUGGUGAUGAGAUAUGGCUCCAGAGACAAUUUGAUGACUGCGACUAGUUUUAGCACAAGGAACCCUAUAUUGCAGUCCUCGGUGUCUUCCCUCUCAAGUGCAAUGGCCAGGGCACCAAGGACUUCCACAACUUCCCUUCAAGCCGAUUUAGCCAAUAACAAUGUCCAGUCCCAUCAGGCACUACAGGCCAGGGUGAGCAAUGGCUCCUACAAGUCACCAGGCCAUCAGGUCCCAUCAUCUCCUACAGGGAUGCCUAGGUCACCCUCUUACGGAGGUCCGAAGGCUGUCUCAUUUGUUAACACUGUGGAAAUAACAGAGGUGCAAUCUGUGGGAGCACAAAGGGAGGACAUGCAGUUGAAGACACCUCACAGUAAAAUAAAUGGACAGCCAAAAGGAAUUUCCAGGGCAGAUUGUCGACUGGGUUCAACAUCAAGUUCCCAGGGGGCCCCGGUCAGUCCUGCUAGACACUCAAACGUUAAGAAGGUGUCUGGCGUUGGUGGAACAACCUAUGAAAUUUCAGUGUAAAAUAAAAAAAAAAUUAAAAUAAAGAGCCAUCCAUUAAGCCAGCCAUGAAGCUAGGUGCACUGUGAAGACUCAAACAACAUCAACCACAAAAGGAGCAGCAGCUGCCAGUGUCCUUUUUGGGUUUUUUCUGUUUGUUUGUUUUCAUCUUUCUCUUUUGGCCAAAAAAGAGCUGCAGCCUUAUUCUUGUGGGAAUAAAAUUGUACAGUCCAUCAGAAACUGUCUCAAACUGACUGCGGAAACUGGCUACCACCUAGCACCACAACCACAGAGAUUAUUUCUUUCAUGAAAGAGAGUGAAAAAGCCAUUGUGUAUUUGUCUGUCAAACAAAACUGUCGUGUAGAAGUUGUGCUGUGAUGAAGAAUUAAUCUGGGGUCAUGUUUUUCCUCACCACAAGUUUUCUGGCCAGCAAAAUCUCGGGACAAGCCACUGGCCUGACUCUAUUUUCUUAUAGACAUGGAGACCAGACUCCCUGUUUGCAGUCUGUGUGUAUGAGAACUACCAUUUGUCCCCAAAGCAUUGAUGGUGUUAUUCCUCCUGCUUUAAAGGAACCAGGCAGGGUGCAGUGACCCUCAAACAUCACGUAAUGUUUUAAAGUCUCUCUUUCUCUCUCCCCACCCCCACCGCUGGCUCUAGGGAGAGGAGAGAAAGAAUAGGAGCAGCUUCUCACUGUCCAUGAUUCGCCUCCCUGUGUGUGAAAUUCUGUGUGUGUGCGUUUGUGUCUUAUGGAAUUGGACUGCCACAUAAGUAAGGAUUUAUCAUUCCUCCCUGUUGCUCCCCCUCCCUCUGUUUUUAAAGGCUUCUUACUCUGAAAAACAAGCCUCUAAGACAUAAAAAAAAAAUUCAGAUGGGAAAAUAUAUCUCUCCUCCUUUUUGUUUAUGGGAUGUAUGCAGUAACAUGGUUUAUUGUCUUGCAGUGGUGCAGUGUGUAUAAUCUUAGAGGAAAGUUAUCAUGAUCUGUUGAAUUUGCAGUGUGUGUGACUGAACCAAGCACCAUACCUAGAGGAUAUAAAUUUGCUGCCUGCCUAAUGACCACCAGCCCUUAAUAUUGCUGGGCAGAAAGUUUUUUCCAGUCAAUAACUUUUUUAAUAUCAAUUAUGUCCAAUUUAGUUCUCUGGGCUUUCCUCCUUCUCCUGCCCCCACAGAGCUAUGUUUACCUUGUUGGGUUUUGAGGCAACAUUAUUUUAAGAACCAAAAAAGAGCCAGGCAGAUAGCAUAUGGAAUCUCUGCCUUCUGUCUGGUUCUUCAGAGGCAAAUAGGUUUUGCUGGACAUCUAAAUUCAUCUCCCCUUCAGGAUGUUGGCUUCAAAGGGAUUAAUGUUUUAUCUGCAUGCCAUGCUGAAAAUGGAGAGAUCUCCAGAUAUUUGAUAGUCAGAAUUUAUGUAACAAUACAUAAAGAUGGUUUGUUUUAAUGAACACUAAGAUUUAUUGUCCAUCGAGGAAAAUACUGACCUCAGCUUUGCCUUAUUUAACAUUUGCCUCAUGAUUCAGUAAAUCUUGACAGCCACCUCAAUAUCUGCUUAUUAUGUCCCUUGUAUAUCACCUCUCUUUUUGAGAGGUCGGAUAGAAAUGCACGGUGGUGUUAAUCAAGCUUCUGAGUAAUGUUCUUGGCUUGAACCAGAUCAUCUGAAGAGAGAAAUUUGGAAAGUAACAUAGCAGAAAUAGACCUAAAGUAAUAGUGGACAGCAAACUAGAUAUAAGCUUGCAGUGCAGUAUGACAGCAAAAAGGCCCAGUGACAUUUUGAACUGCAUACACAGAGGCAUCACAGAGCAGAGAAGUAAUAGUCCCUCUAUAUGGCUUUGGUAUAAUUUUACCUAAAGUAUUAUCAUUAGUUACAGGCACUUUAUUGCAAGAACUAUACUGACAAAUUGGAUCAAGUUCAGAGGGGAACAACAGAUAUAAACAGAGAGCUGGAGAGGCUGAUUUAAAAAAAGAUUAAGAGCUAAAAUGUGUAAUUAAUUGACUGAGCAAUGAUUAAGGGAAGGGGGUGUGAUAAGCUUACAGAUAUAUAAUUUAAAGGAUGUAGUCCCAAAGGUGAUACAAGGGGUUAUCACUGGUAGCAAAUGGCUUAUAUUUAAAAGGAAAAACAUUAAACUCAAUAGCAGGGGAAGGGGUUGUGGAAUAAUCUUCUAGUAGGAAGCCUGAUCACUUAGAACAUUUAAAACUAAAUUGGACAAAGUAUUAGAAAACCUUCUACAGGAAUCAAUCGUGUACUGGCAAGGGGCUGGUCUAGAUGGCCUUAUAGUUCUCUUCCAUCUUUAAUUUCUACUCAUCUGCAAUUUCAGCACAAAUUUAACUCCUUGAGGGGUGAAAUUCAUCUCUGUGGAGAGAGUAGCCCAAGGCCUAUGCAUCACUUAAGUAUCACUGUCACACUUAAGCCACCAAAAUAGGGGUUAAGUGGAACGUAGACCUUGUGUUGGCAGUCUGCACAGAGGCAGAUUAUAUCACCCUGAAUGAUUAUAAAACCAAACCAUCCAAGUGAGGCUUUUAUAUUGCACCAAUGUAGUUUUUAAAAUAUGCAUCCCAUGGCACUACACUUUGAACAUACUUUGUGAUGUUAGAAAAGAAAAAUCUACAUAUCGUAAGGGCAAAUAGGCCUUUGAAAUUACUACAUAAAUUCCUGAGCAAGAAUGGCUCAAUAAGACUAAACACAGUACUAUAUGUGUAAACCUUUCAAACACUUAUAGCCAGGGUUAUUUAGCUAUAACUCAUGUGGAGAGAGGAAGAAAAAUAAUUGCAUUGAGGAUACAAAUAAUUAAAUUAAGGUGCAAGUUCCAUAUACUUUUUCUGAAGGUGGUUUAACUAGAGUUGAGACUCAUCUGGCGCGUUAACAGGCUUAUGAUGGUACUAAAAUUCGUUUUUGAAGUUUGCAUAUAGAGUAGUGUGAAUGACUUGGAGAUGGAAGUACGUUUUUCAACUCUUCCUGGAAGUAGUAAUCUAAGAAGUAAUUUGAGAUUGCACACAGCAAGUUCAGCCCCAUUCCCAUCUAAAACCCCAGUCCUGCAAUUGGAGCCGAAUGAGCACAAGCAUCUGCUUGCAUAGUUCCUAUUGGAGGACUGGGGAUCUACUCAUUAGCAAAACUGCUGUUGACUUUGGGAGCAAGAUCUGGCCCGUGUUUUUUUUUUCAAGCUUUCCAAAAUUACAGUUCUUCAAGCAAUUUACAAAUUAUCAGUGAUGUGCUACUUUUACUCACAUAGUCCUUCAGUUUUUAGAGACAGUAAGGCUCAGAACUUCAGAUGGUGUGAUUUGGUGUAGCUCUCUUUAUAUUGGAUAGAGCUAUGCCAAAUUACAUUAAGUGAGGAUCUGAUGCCCUGGAUCAUAACAGAAGAUCCACUGCAGGUUAAUAUGUUUUUAACGUAGACUCUUGUUUGGUCUUUCUUAAUUUGUGCUUCAAAAGUCUUAAAUCUUUUUAAUAUGUUUUUAUUUUUAGCAGUAGAUUGUAUAUUAUGUCUAUUUCUUAUUUAAGAAACAUCAAGUUUUCAUUGCAAAUCCCAUUUUAUUAGCAUCAUUUCACUGUUCAUUCAUUCCAGUUUAACACCCAAGUUUCAUUUUAGUACAGUGUAUCUUGAGAGAGCUGAAUCUCUGUAGCUUUAAUUAACUGUGUAAUAAAUAGAGUAACAUGACAUUAAAUGAACCUUACUCCAUGAACGGGUGAAAGAGGAGAUGUUUUUACUUGAAGACUUACAAUUUUUCUUUUUUUUACUUCUUUGUGUUUUGACUUAAUAGGAAAACCUGCAUAGCAAUGAAUUUGAAAUGGUGGGCCAAAUUCUGCUCUGACUUACAACUAUCAUUUGGCUCUGUAUGUUGAAAACUGGAUGCAGAAGUAACUGAGUGAGCAAAAAUUUUGUGUUGUCUGAAGGGGAAAAAAACCUUAGGGGAAAAAAACCUGUAUUUUUAUGCAGCUGGGUAAUAGAGUUUCAGAGAAUUGCAGGCCUGUGAGUAAGUAUAUUAAAGAAAUCUCUGCCUUGAAUUAUUGUGGGAGGCUGUCACAGGACGCACACAGCCAACACAUGUUUGUAUUUACUUUUUAAAUUAAAUAAAACCCAAAUUCAAUCAUUUCUUUUGGUUAACCUCAGCUUCUAAGAGCUACCCAGACCUAUGCUUUAAUGUCCAAAUCUGAUAUGUGGCAAAUGAGCUGUUUGUGUUGCUGUUUUGAAAAUGGAAACCAAGUAUUAUCUGAACUUUGCCUAAGAUAAUUGCAUCAUGAAUACUAUAAGGGAGCCUCUUCAGAUGAUGGCUGCACUCCUAUAAAGCUUAAAUGAUGUGGAAAUUGCAAUGCGGUUUUCUUUGUACUAUACCUCUGGUCCAGCCUAGAGAUAUAUAUUUGAAGAGGGAAGGGUGGGGAGGGUCAAUGUUGCUGUCACAUAGACAGUUUGGGAAGGUUAUGUUGACAUGUUUUUAUGGUCUAUAUUUCACCUGUUCUGCCACCUUGAAUUGUUGGAAUGUAUCUGUGCAGGCUUUGUGGAGCUCUGUCUGUAAAACAUUUUUGUGGCUCUGGUAAUAUAUGUGUGUGUGUGUGUGUGUGUGUGUGUAUAAUAUAUGUGUGUGUGUGUAUGUGUGUAUAUAUAUAAAUAUAUAUAUAUAUACACAUACACACAUAAAUGUAUAUACAUAAAUAUAUAUAUACACACACUUUGGUAUUUUAAGGUGUUAAGUUUUCCUGGUGUUUCUGCAUUAGACUGUAUAGCUUCAGGAUUGUCCAGAAGGUUCAUAUGUUCUUUCUACCCCUUUUCUGAGGCCUUGUUAAUGUUCCAUUGAUUACAUCACAGUCCAUGGGCCAAAUCCUAAGUGGCAUGGAGCAUCUUCAGCUCCCCCUGACUAUAUUGAGAGUUACAGAUACUCAGCACCGCCCAUGGGCUGGCCUCCAUGCAUGUGUAAAACGUAGAAGUGUGUGAAAUGUGGUAGUCUUGCAUGGAACACAGGUCAAUCUGGAUGCAAAAACCUCCGGUGGUAAAACACAAAAGGAACUAAUUGAAUCUUAAAUACCUUCUUCUAGAUGAGGGUGGAAAACAAGAUGAGGUGACUCCUUAUGGUAAUCUCUGAAGGCACUAGUAUUGCCAAAUGAUUAAGUGUGGUAUCCAGGAUAGCAGGAUGUGUACAUCUGACAGAUAGCCAAAUUCCAGUCUGUCUAACCACCUCUAUCAACCCGUUUGUUUCUAGUCUGUGACAAUAUGCCAGUUAGGUCUGUGCUACUAGUUUAUAGUUGAUACAGUUGUCAAACCCUCUUAAGAGCAGCUGCUGUGGGAUCUUAGAAGCCAUAAUGUGCAGUAUGCAGACUGGUGACACUGAGAGAGGAUUCAUUCAUGAAGAGUGUUCAUUGUAAAUGCUUGUCAUGCUUGUGUGCUAGAGUCUCUUUGAAUGAUAAAGAUUAGGCUAUAUAUAUAUAUAAGGAUCGGAUCCUCAGCUGGUGUAAAUCAGCAUCGCUCCAUUGAUUUCAGUUGAGUCAAACGGCUGAGGAAUUGGCCCACUAUAUUUUAUAUAAAAUCAUACUGGCUUAUUCAGAUGUUUUCUAUAAGACACAGCUAAAUUUACUAAGUUAGCAUUAAUUUCUCUGAUUUCUUUUUUCAGUUCUGUGGGUCAAGUUUCGGCUCACUUUUAAAACUAGAUAUGAGAACAUAAUAUUUGAAACAAGGAGAGACACAGAUGGGAACUACUUGUGCGGGUGAAAAUAGCUUUUAGGGGAAGAACAAUUACAUUCUAAGUGGAUUUGAAUUACUGUCAAAAUAAUUUUUGUUCGUCUUAUCACAAUAACUGGAGUUUUUAAAGAAGACAUUUCAUAGCUGGUAAACCUGUAUCAUCGAAACAUUUCAAAAAUGUCUCUGUUAGACGUUUCAAACUAUAUGGUGAAAUAUGAUCUACUUCCAUAGUUAAAAAGAAUUCUAAAGAACCGAUGGUACAUUUGACUGUGCCUUAUAAAGAUAUAUGAUAUGUGUAUGUAUGUGUAUAUAUAUAUAAUAUAUACAUAAGUGUGUACAUAUAUUCAAAGAAAACUGGUUACAGAUCUGCUCACCUGGUAUAUUUUAAAUGUGCAACUGAUGUUUGUUUACAGAAACAAAAUUAGGGGCUGUGUCAGCUGCAAUAUAUAUAUACCAAAAAUAUUUGUUGAAAUACAAGCUGAAAAUACAAUAGAAGGUUAGAUCAGAGAUAGCAUCUCUGCCAAAGGGGUCUCUUGAAGGCUCUGAAAAAGUAAAAUCAAGUAGGUGGCAGAGCAAUUUUAGACCCUUUUGAAGAACAUUUAAAAAGAGGGGUGGUUCUGAAAGCUUGGGGAAAACCAGUGUUAUUAUCUUAGACCUUGUCCUUUAGCCUAGUUCCAUAUAUUUAUUUUCACUGGUAUACCCUCCUAUUGCCCCAUAUCUUAUAUAUUCGCCUUCUUUCAAAGCCAUUGUAGAAAGCAGGAUACAGGACCUGAUGAUCUUGCUGUGGUAAAUCCUUUGUUCCAGUUCAUUUCUCUGCAUGUCUCCAUAUCCCAAAGUGUGUGCAAUAUGGCUGUCUUGUUAGUAUAUGAUGUCUAUUAGCAUCCUUCCUGGACCUGGAUCUACAAAGAGGGGAAACAUGCCUGGUGCUCAAAGGAAUAAAGCAGGGUGAGUGUGGAAGGGUGGGUUGCAUUUCCUAAAAGAGGAUAAGAGGAUAGAAAAAUGGAAGGAAUUCCUCAAACAAAGCAGCCUUGGAAAAGCUGGCUCAUGUACAGCAGCAAGACACCUUGUUUCUCAUUGAUCUUGGCAGCAUUUCAUUAGUCCUUUCAUGUGAGCAAACUGACCUCAGACAAUUUCUUCCUCAGUAGACACACGGCCGUACCCAUGUACUCAGCUAUGGCUUAAGCAUAUUUUUGGACAUUAAAUCUUGUUUCAGAGUGAGAUAAGUGAGUCUUGGGUAUAAAUAAUUCAUCCUUUCUGGUGAUUGUGAGGAAGAACUUACAUUAUCCAUGUUAUCUUUCCCCUACACUUUCUUUCCCUCAUACUAUCUCAUACCAUGUAGCUAUCCUGUUACAUUUUGUUCACAUUCAUUCCUUUUUGUGGAUCCUUCAGACACUUGUACCAUAGAACUGGGGUUCUGUAUUGCUCUUCUUUAACAGUAACCGUUUGUGGGAAUUAAAGAGGAUUAACACUAGCUGUCCUCCAUGUAUUAGAUCUAGUGUGUAGAUCCACUCCGGGAAUAUCUGGCCUCAGCAGCAAUAGCAGACGUGGAAACAUUGGCUGUCUGGUCAACAUGAAAAUGGUCAGCAUCUGCAGAUAUUCCAGCUCUCCAUUCCUCAUUAAUCAAAGUUGCUCAGGACUUCUUGUGCACAACCCUUUAAGUGGAGAAACCCAGUUUGUGGACCAGUGCUAUGGCAGAAGAGUAUGUUAUGAUUUAUGGGCCGGAUUUUGCUUCCAAUGGGCCUUCCAAUAGUCAAACAGAAUCUGAAGACUCCUCAUGGGAGCAGAGAAGUACAGCCAACACAAAAGUUCAAAAAUUGCUGUUUUGUUCUUUCUUUUUCUCUGCAUUCUUCUCUUGAGCCUUCAAGGCACAUCUGGUUCAUAUUUUCAAGCUUUUCUUCACAACCAUAAGGACGUAUUGUAUUAAAAUGAAAGCAGUGAUUCUCACAUAAUCAUGACUCCAGGAGCUGGGGUUUUAAGCAAACCAUCCAAUAUUCUGAGACUUGCCAUAAAAUCCUGAGAGUUGGCAGCACUAUAAUGUAAUUUCCUAACAAACAUCUAAGGAAAGCCCUAUUUACAUAGUGGAUGUUCACAGAGCCAGACUCACCACAGCAUUAGGCCAGUGUGACUCUAUUGAGUUACACUGGUGUAAAACUGGGGUAACAUCAUGAAUUAGAGCCCCACAUCCAUCUCUGUGUUGUGACUAGCAAAGCUCUUGGCUCAAAAUUAAUCCUUUGGCAAUUCUCCUGCAUUUGUUUGUUUGAAAAAAGAAUAUAGUUACUUUCCUGCCUACCCUGACCAAGAAACCAGCUGAUGAUAUGAUAUGGAUUCUGUUGGCUAGUGUAUGCCCCAAGUUUGGGACUUUCAAAGUGAGAUUAUGUGACUUGGAUGUCCAAUCUCUUUGACAGCUUUGAAAGUCCCAGCUUAAAUUUAAGAUUCACUGAGACAAACAAUGGUAAUAUUCAUGCUGUCUUUAGAAUUCCAGCCAAAACAUGUUCUUACUUGGAUUUCAACAUCACCAUGCAAUCCUUGUGCCAGUGCAUGAGAACCAGAUGAGGAAACUGACUGGAAACAAAAAUGAAAUUGUCCCAUCAGUUUUCACUCUGAGAUCUGGUUGGAGUGCAGAAAGCAAGCAAAGAGUAAAAAGGUGACUAGUUUUCUUAAAUUAUUUCAGUUUUAAAUGAUCUAAGGUAUCAUUGUUAAUUACUCAAGUAAGACAUUUUGUAUUUUAAAAAUUUCCCCUUUGCAAAAAAACAAAACCAAAAACUAACCACCUUAAAAACUUUAAAUGGUUUAAAAGCCUUUCUUGUAACAAGGGCGUGUAGGGUACCUGCCACGUAAAAUCCUCAGGACCCUAUUGAAAUGUCCAGGGUUUAUUUAAUCUCUUGAAAAUCCCAGCACUCCAUAUAAGUGCUCUCUUACUGGAAUGUUUUUGCUCCAUGGGGUCAAGAGUACCGUUCUGAGGAUGCACUUAAGCUAUUGCCUGGACUUGAUGCCGGCUGGGAAAACUCUCAUUGAGAUAGUUUAGGGAAAAGAUUAAGAGACGAUACUGGUUUGCCUUGGAAGUUGAUGCCUGAGGAAGAGAUUAAGGAAAAGUUAGGCUGUCAUCUGAGUAAUGUAUCGCUUUGGAAUUACCAUCCAUGUUUUGGAACCAAAGUGUCCUUAAGUGAGUGUGUAUUGAGCCACAGAUGCACACAUGGUCAUCAGUGGAGACUGACUCUAGGGCUUUCCACACCAAAACCACAGCCUUGGCCACCUGAGAUAAACAAAUAACUCUCUUAGAUAUGGCAUGAGAGAGUACCUGUUUCCAGAGAGACAUGAGACCACAUAGCAAGCCUGUGAAUUACAUGUGCACAGCUCCCAAUGAAGUGGUGAAAUCCUAAUCCCAUUAAAGUGAAUGAGAGUUUUGCCAUUGACGUCAGUGGAUCUUGGAUUUCAUCCAAUGUGUAAUUCUUAAGUGGCAACUUUAGGACAUAAAUUAUCUAACAUUAGAACAACAUUUAGGGUUCCUAAUUAGAACUGGUCAAAAACUUUCAAUAAUUUUCAACAAAAAAAGGACAAUUUUUUGUGAAAACUUUCACCAAUAUUUCCCCAUGUUUUGACUAGCUCUACUUCUAAUGGCCCUGCUGCAGCACACCCACAAAGCCUGUGUAAAAGGGCUCUAUACAGGGGAUCUAAGAGGGCCUGGGAUGAGGAAGGAAUCCUUCAUCCACAAGCUAGGGUUUUGGUCAUGGAGCAGCAAAGCAGUACUCAGCGUCUUCCUGCAUCCACCUCCAUGGGAAAUGUAUAGCUGUGGAUGAUGGGCCAUGGCUGAUAGGUCAGUUCCCAUACCAUGUCCCCAGACCACCUGCACUGUAGCAGAGAAGCACUGUGCCUGUGGAGGUGAAUAGAUUCCAUGUGGUUCACAUACACUGGAACCACUGCAGUUCCACUGGGUUGAAAGACUCCUUCACCCAGUUUAGAAGAGUGACAGCAUAUUGUCCUAAGUUACUGAAUGUCUUAAAACACUUCAGGAUCCUUGGAUGAGAGGCACUAGGGGAUCACAAUUUAAUAUUAUAACUUCUAUUAUGGCAGACAAAGCCCACAAUAAUAAUCAAAAACACAGGCAUUGGAAGGAAUAAAUGUUGUCCUGAUUGUUCCUCUCGUGAGAUCGCACAUUAAAUGACUUCAUGCUACCAACAAAAAUCUUUCCAAAUAUCCCUAUCCUUUUGCUCUUGUUUGUUUUUUUUUAAAGCUCUGGAGAAGGCAUUUGAUAUAAGAUUUGUAGAUACAAGUUAAUGGUCUGAUCCUGCAGCCUUAAUCAGGAAAAACUCCCAUUGCUGUCAAUGCAACAUCUUAGUAAAUUCAAUGAAUUUCACUGUGGGCUUAGUCCUGCAACCCUUACCCUGCUAGUCCAGUUGGUCUCAGGAUCAGCCCCUAACUGGCUCAGUGAAAGAUGUUUAAAUGUAUAGAUUUAAAAACAGGGAAGCAAAUGCUUGUAAAUAAAUGGGUUAUGAUAUGAACAGAGUGAUUUUUCAGAAAAGUUUUAUAACAAAAUGCAAACAGAUUAUUUCCAUGUAGUUGGUCACAAUCUAAUGUACAUUAGAUAACAAAAUGUACAAAUUUUUCACAGGUAUUGUAUUGGCAUUUUCCCAGUAUUAGGUUUUAUGAUUUGCAGAAACCAGUUAUAUGGUCAAUAUGAAGGAUGAUCUGGUGGGUAAGGCACUGGAAUGGGCUUCAGGAGAACUGGGUUCAGUUCCUGGCUCAACCACAGAUUUUUUGUUUGACUUUGAGCACAUCAUUUAAUCGCUCUGUGCCUCGGGUCCCCCUGUGUCAAAUGGGGGAUACUGCCUCCUGACCUCACAAGGGUUUUGUGAAUCUUUGCAAGGGCUCAGAUCCUACAGUGAUGAGGAUUAGAUAGAUACACCCCACAGGUAUCCAGGAGCAAUUCUGUAGCUUUGGGCAUUUUCAACUCCAAGCUAAAGACUUUAGCAUCUUUUUAAACCACUUCCUGGGUGAUAAGAGUUUUGAGACUGGUUGUCUGAUGGAUGUUGUUUAUGAGAAUCUAGAUCUCAUAUGCUGACUUUGAAAGACCAGUUUAGUACAGAUCCGAAACAACUUUCUGCCUUGAUUCUUUCUUUGACCUUUUGAAUAUUUCCCUAUAAUGUUUAUCCCUCUGCUGAUACCCUGAUUACUAUUUAUUCCAAAAGGGUAUAUGCAUGACUGCCUUAAGCAAUUUAGCUCUCCUUUCCCUGCUUAUUGGGAUGGUUGUACAUAUAAUUUUUUUUUCAGACAAUGAGCAGAAAUACAGUAGAAUAAACUGCAGUAGAUUGAGUGGCCUUAGAAAGGGAAUACUACAUCUUACUGAACUGUGGGUCUGUAGCACGGAAUACAGCGUGACAAUGCGCUUUUGGCACCACUGCCAACGCGUGGGUUGCUGAGGAAAUACAACUUUUUUUUAUUUUUUCUUGAGAGCUAAAAAGCUACGAUGUUGCCAUGACAAAAAAAGUUAUUACUGCCUGUCUUUUUGGUGUCCAUUUUAAUGUUGUACAGAAAUACAUAUAAAUAUAUAUCUGAUGCCCAGUAUUCAUAGCACAUGAAGGAUAUCAAAGAAGGAAUAAAAUCAUAUAUAUUUCCGUGGCUAAGCUGGUCCUUUCUCCGGGACCUGUUUUUAAUCAUAAUUUGAACAUGGUUGGGAGGGUUAGAAAUAAUAACUCUUUGGAUGUUUAAGAUAUGAAAACACACCCUGCUUUUAAGGGCUAGUUGGUUAGACGUGUGUGUGUGUGUGAGAGAGAGUGUAUGUGUGUAAAUACAAUUUGCAUGAGUUUAUUUAAAUGUAAAGGCAAAAUAAAUAUAUUUAUUUUCACUUGUAUUAAAGCACAGAAUGGCUGCCUUUUUCAAAACCUGUAACCCUAAGUAAGAAAAUAUACCAUGGUAAUUUACUGUAUUUCUCCCUCAUUUUUUUACCGAAUUUAUAAUACUGUUCUCUCUGGGUAUUUUACUUUUCAUUUAAUUUCCAAAAUAAAUUUUUUCUUGUGUUUUAUCUA